AUGGUUGAAGCAAGAGAGAGAACAUUCAUUAUGGUUAAGCCAGACGGUGUCCAAAGAGGACUUGUUGGUGAAAUCCUAUCCAGAUUCGAGAAGAAGGGAUUCAAGCUCGUUGGCCUCAAGAUGGAUCAACCAGGCAAAGAGUAGUUCGAGCAACAUUACGCUGAUCUCAGCUCAAAGCCAUUCUUCGCUGGUCUCGUUAACUAUGCCGCCUCAGGCCCAGUCGUCGCUAUGGUUUGGGAAGGCCACAACGUCGUCAAGACCGGCAGAAAGAUGCUCGGAGCCACCAGACCAGAUGACUCAGAGCCAGGCACCAUCAGAGGUGACCUCGCCAUCGAUGUUGGCAGAAACGUCAUCCACGGAAGUGACUCAGUUGAAAGUGCAAACAAAGAAAUCGCUCUCUGGUUCGGUCAUGAAAACCUCGUCCAAUGGGGAUCACACAGCAACUCAUGGGUUUAUGAAGUAUGA